GGUGUGGUGUGUGUCCUCACAGUGCUCUAUCCCGCAGGGUGCAGAGCAUGCUGGCUCUUCUGGCCAGGGCGCUCGCUGGGCCGCUCGGCUCGCUGGGCCGCUCGCCCUUCAGUUCCUUGGCUCCGUGGUGGCGGGCGGUGCUACUGCCCGCCCCGGUGAGUCGGGCCCUGCAUCCGUGGUGCGGGACAGCCGUCCGCCGCCCCCUGCUGGCCCUGCCCCCGCCGGCCGGGCUGCUGCCGCCGCUCGUCGCGGGGCUGAAGAGCAAAGUGUCGCUGAAGAGGCGCUGCAAGGACUGCUUCAUGGUCCGGCGGCGGGGCCGGCUCUACGUGCUCUGCAAAACCAACCCCCGGCACAAGCAGCGGCAGCUGUAGCCCUGCGGCCGGAACGCAGCCGCGGGACGCCGGAGGGCAGAGAGUGAACGCAAUGUUAGCCUCGAGUCCGGCUUUCCAUAUCCCUGCCGCUGGCACCUCGCCCUCUGCCCAGCGACAUCUGGAACCUGGCUGCUGGAGACACAGAUCGCCAAAUGAUGAAGGUGGCAGCCUUUCUUCUUAACGCUAAAGUAGGGCGGGUUGAGUUCUUAAGGGCCCUUGCCGUAACUUCUGAUCAUGGACGCUGAGAACUGAAACGGAAAGCCACAAUUUUUAGGAUCUCUUGUUAUCUUAGCCGUGAAAAUCACGUCUCUGUUAAUUUAGUAUGGGUAAAGCUGAAUCAUCAGACUCUCGAGAUGCAUAUGUAUUUAAUUAAAGCAUAAUGAAAAUAAA